AUGGAAAAUACAAAAAAAAAUGAGGAAAAUAAUAAUAAUGUUUACUUUAAUAAAAAUAAAAUAGAUUAUCUUGAACAUAAUGAUAUAUUAUUCUUUCAAGAAAAAAAUAAAAACAAAAUAGGCCUUGGUCGUGUCGUCAACUUUGAAAUAGAACUCGAAUUAAACGAUAUAAAAUUUUAUCGUCCAUGUUGUGAAACGUCAACAAAUCAUUGUUUAAAAAUUUUAAAUAAUAUAGAUAAUAAAGAAUAUGUAAAAAAAUUAAUUAAUAAAUUAAACAAAAACAAUCAAAUAUCGGCAAAUACAAAAAACAAAGAAGAUAUUAAAAAUGAUGAUACAAAAAAUGCUAGAAAUAAAGAAAAUAAAAAAGAAUAUAGUAUACUACAUUAUUUUAAUAAACGUAUUAUAAAUAAUAUUACCAAGUCUUCAAUUCUCCUUUUGAAAAAAAAUAAUAAUAAUAAUAAUAUAAAUUAUAAUAUCCAAUCAAAAGAUCAAGAUAUAAAAAAACAAAAAAAUAAUAAUACUCUUCUACAUAAUGAAAACUACUGCUAUUUAAAAAAAAAUUCUAAUCAUAAUAGUAAUAUAAAUUUGGAACAUUAUAAUAAUCAUAAUCAAAAAUACUCACAUAAUUAUAGUUAUCCAUACCAUAUGUACAACAUCAAAAAUUCAGGAGAUACCAACCAAACAUGUACUGAUAAUAUUAUUCAAGAUCAACGAAAAAAAGAACGUCGCAUCUUUUAUUUUAUACAAUCUUUAGAAACAUAUAAAUAUAACAUACAAUAUAAACGAACUUUUAAACAUUAUAAAAUUACUUAUAAUAAACAUUGGGAAAAUAUUAAAACAAUUUAUUGUAAAAAUAUACAAAACAAAAUUGUCUUUGUAUUAGCCAUGAAAAUAUUACAAAUUAAAAAAUUAUAUCCAAACAAUAUUCACUUCCAAAAUGUAAUGAUCAAUAAUCUUAUGAAAAUUUAUAAAAGUGAAAAAGAUCUACACGUUGAUUAUCUUAUUCUUAAUUAUAUUAAAAAACUAGAUGUAAGGGUCAUUCUACAAAAUUGUGUACUCAUAAGUAAUGAUGAGUUUAAUGAAAUAUUAUCAAAGUAUAAUAAAAAGGAUGAUCCUACGGAAAAAAGCACAGACGAACAAAACACAACUCGUCUCGGUUCGAACCGUGCAUCUAAGCAUCAAUUGAAUGCAAAUGCAUCUGAGGGAAUCACGGAAAAGCCUUUUUCCAAAAAAGAAAGGGAUGAAAAAGAUAAACAAGAUGAUGAAAAAGAUAAACAAGAUGAUGAAGAUGAAGAUGAAGAUGAAGAUGAAGAUGAAGAUGAAGAUGACGAUGAUGAAGAUGAUGAUGAUGAAGAUGAUGAUGAUGAAGAUGAUGAAGAUGAUGAUGAAGAUGAUUAUGAUUAUUCCGUCGAACAUUCCGUCGAACAUUCCGAUGAACAUUCCGAUGAACAUUCCGAUGAACAUUCCGAUGAACAUUCCGAUGAACAUUCCGUCGAACAUUCCAAUGAACAUUCCAAUGAACAUUCCGAUGAUAACCAUAAUCUUCAUAAUAAUCACAUAAAUCCAGAUAAACACCAGAACAACUCACAAUUAGAUGAUAAUAUAUUUAGAAAUAAAUACAAAAUUGAAAAUGUGAAAGAUAUUAAAAAUGAAGAAAAAAAAAUGUAUGACACGCUUCAGAAUCAUAGUGAUCAUUUAAAUGAUUCUGAACAAAUGAAUACAUUACAUAUGAAAAAAAAAAAAAGAAAGAACCCCAUGUACAAUGAUCAAAAGAAUAUUAAUAAAUAUAAUAACGAAUUUUUAAAUAAUAAUGAAAAUAUAAUUGAAUCCAGAACAAAAGAAUCGAAUUUUUUUAUAUCAAAAAAUGUUGUGAAGAAAAGAAAAAUUAUAGAAGGUCAAACAUAUAAAUACGAAUUAAAAGGUAAUAUUCUAGCCAAAUUUAAAUCUCCACAUGGUAUUAUUUAUAGAGGUCAUAUUAAAAAUAUAUUUAGAAAUAAAAAUAAUAUAUUAUCCUACUUUUUAAUUCUACCUUCAUUUUUCUUCAUGAAUAAUUCAUUUUAUUUCUCCUGCCUCAAUAUAGAUAUUGAUAUACUCAAAAUAUUCGAAAUUAUAAAAAUUUUAGACAAAUCCAAAAUAAACCAAAUAGAUAGUAUAGAUUUUAGUAAAUAUAAAAAUUUAAAACAAGUACAUCAAAAUGAUUUUAAAAUUAAUAAGACACAAGAUCAUAUAUUCCAUGAGAAACGUUCAACGCAAGAUACGUGUAUUAGAAAGGUUGAUUCUGAACGAAUUAAUCUCCAAGCAUAUGAUAAAAAGGAGCAACCUUCUAAUGAGCAAAACGAGGAACAGGAAAAAAAAAAUAAUAUUUUGGGAAGAAAAAAAAGGAAGAAGAAUAUAAAUGGAGAGCAUAUAAAUGGAGAGCAGAUAAAUGGAGAGUAUAUAAAUGGGGAGCAUAUAAAUGGAGAGCAGAUAAAUGGGGAGCAUAUAAAUGGAGAGCAUAUAAAUGGGGAGCAUAUAAAUGGAGAGCAUAUAAAUGGGGAGCAUAUAAAUGGAGAGCAUAUAAAUGGAGAACAUAUAAAUGGAGAUCAUAUAAAUGGAGAUCAUAUAAAUGAAAAACACAUGAAUAAUAUAUUAAGGGAAAAUACGAAUUUAUUUUUAAAAAGCGAUAACAACCAAAGAGGUGUUAAUAUUGAUGACCAUCCUAAUAAUAAUAAUUAUCAAGAUAAAGAAGAACCGAAUUUAAAAGAUAAGGCUCGAAAUAAAAUAGAAAGUCAUCUUUUCUUUCUAAGAAGAAGACUUUUUGAUGUUAACAGAAACAAAACAGAUAAUAAGAAGAAUAGAACAAAGUCCAUUUUUUCUAUAAGUAAUGAAAAAAAAAAUACUUAUUUUUCAAAAAUUACCAACUUUUUCAAAAAAAUAGAACCCAAAAAGAAUAACCUAAAUUGUAUUUAUGAAAAGGAAAAUGUAAAUCAAGAGAAUAUAAAACGUGUGAAUAACAAAUCUGAUCAUCUUAAUCUGACCGAACAAUUUGUAGAUAAAAGUGAAGAAAAAAAAAAUAUAUGUGAUAAUAAUAAUAAUAAUAAUAAUAAUAAUAGGGGACAUGAAAUAAGUGAUAAGGAACAUGAUACAUCCUUCAAAACUUUGAAAAAAUUUAAAAAUAUAAACGAGGAGGUAGAAAAUAAGAAUGAUGUGGAUAAUAAUAAAAAUUAUAAAAAUAAUAAAACAGAAUAUGAUAAACAUGAAAGUUUUGUAAAAACUGAAUAUAAUUCUAGUGAUUAUAAUGAUUAUGUAAUUUGUGUAGAAAGGGAAUGGAAAAGAAGGGAAACGUUUAAUUCGGUUGAAGGUACUCCAACCCCUACGAAUAUUAACAAUAAUAAAGACAAUAUUAAUAAUAAUAAUGACAAUAUUAAUAAUAAUAAUGACAAUAUUAAUAAUAAUAAUGACAAUAUUAAUAAUAAUAAUGACAAUAUUAACAAUAAUAAUAAUAAUAAUAAUAGGGGAAAUGUUAAAAAGGAAGAGAAUUAUAAUAGAUACGAUUUAAAAAAUGAUGAUAUAAUAUAUAACUGUAUAAAUAAUUACCCCAAUAAGGAAAAUAACUCAUAUAUUAAACAAAUUCAAAAUAUAAUUGAAGAAGAAAAAACGAAAAAAGUUGAAAUGUUAUAUACAUAUUGUAAGAAUAAUAUAAAUAUUUUAUUAUAUAUAUAUGUCAUGCAUAUUUAUAUAAAUAAAUUAUGUAAAAAUAUUAUUGUGAAAAUACUAAAACCUAAUAUUAAAUAUGGAAAUAAAACAAAAUAUGACCACAAUGAUUUUAUUUUAUCUCCACUUAUUGGCUAUUCAUAUUCAAAAUUUUAUGGACUAAAAUUUAAUUACAUGAAUAUACAAUUAAGAUCAGACGGAAAAAUUGAUAGGAGAUAUAAACUAGCCAAAGAACAUUUAAAAAAAGAACAAGAAGAAAAAAAUAAAAAAAGGAAAAAAAGGAAAAAUAAAUAUAACCAAUUAAAUUGUAAUAUGAAAGAAACUGAUACAGAACUAAACCUAUCUAAUGAUACACUUAUAUAUAAUAAACGUUUAAACGGGAAAAAAGAUAAAACCAUAAAAUCCAAAAAUCAUAUUAUGCCAAAAACAAAACGUUAUGUUGUGAAAAAAUCAAAACGUUAUGUUGUGCAAAAAUCAAAACGUCAUGUUGUGCAAAAAUCAAAACGUCAUGUUGUACAAAAAUCAAAACGUCAUGUUGUACAAAAAUCAAAACGUCAUAUCAUAAAAAAAAAUACCAAAUUAAAUUACAAACAAACGAAAAAAAAUGCAUUUAGUACACAACAAUAUCAUAACGAUUCAUCUAAAGAAAAUUUCCUCUCACAUAAUUAUCAUUUUAAUCAUGAUACAGAUGACCAUAAAAAAAAUGAUGCAGAAUAUAUGAAAAAAAGUUAUAAUGAAAAUAUUAAUUUUUAUUUAUGGGGGAUGUUUAAUUGGGACUAUCGAAAAACAUUAAGAGUGUCUCUAAAUAGUAUAUCAAAUAAAAAAAUAAACAACUUUGAUAUUUAUAACUUCUUCUUUUACAAUUAUGAUAAUAUAUCAAACCUAAAUGAAAUAAAUAAGGACUUGGGUAUUCUUAUAGAUAUUUAUAAGAGCAUUAAAAAUAUAUUAUAUCAAAAUUUAUCCUUGUAUGGAGAUUUGCUUUUAUUGAAUGUACCAAAUAAUAUGACAAGAACACAUACGGAUGAAGAGUUGAUAUGUUUCUGGCUUAAAACUUUAAAUCAGUUGUAUCUAAUCAGGGACGGCUUUUCAAAUUAUUUUAAAAAUUUUUAA